AUGGCUCUUCACUUCUUCUUCACACUAAGGAACAGAAAGUACAAACAUGGGAUGCGGCCAAAUCGAGCUGCUGAAGGAGGCUAUUGGAAGACCACUGGAGCUGACAAAACUAUCAAACACAACGGUGAAGAAAUUGGAUUGCGAAAGGCAUUGGUUUUCUACAAGGGAAAACCUCCUCAUUGUGAAAAAACUUCUUGGAUUAUGCAUGAAUUUCGACUCAAAAAUGCCCCGAUUCGAUCACGGACCAGCGAUGAUGACAUGAAGGCAUGUUUGGCUGUACUUUUACGUUGCUUAUAUUCUCGACAUGUUUGGGAAAGUGUAGCAGCAACUGAAGACACAGAAGUUGUAAAUUUUGAAUGGCUCACUUCCAUUUUGAGUACAAUCCCGUUAUAG